AUGGUCAGAUGGGACGAGGUCAAUAAAGGAAGAUGGACGUUUAAGCUGCUGCCCAGUAAUAAGCGUUGGAUGGAGAAAUCAUCAAUGGUUAUGCCUUUUCACAUAACCCAGGUGUUGACCGGUCAUGGGUGCUUUCGCAGCUUUUUAAAUCGCAUGAACCAGGCCGAAGACCGGAUGAUACUGUGGAGCACACUGUCUUUAAGUGUCCUUAAGUGA